UUUAUUUUUUGUUGAAAAAAACAUUUUUCAUUUUAUUUCUUCCUCCUUAACAGAGACAAGGAGAACGACAUUGGCGUAGAAAUAAAAAAAACUGCGACAGUAAUUUAAUAAAUAUAAAAAAGUCCACAGAAAAUACUUCUUCUCUCUCUUCAGAAAUUUGAUGCUAUUAUAUAAGCCGAUGAUGUAGAUAUCCAAUGUUUUUUAUGUGUUGUGUUAUCAAACAAAGUGCUGUAAGCUCAGGAUACACUGGUAAAAUGGGUCUCACAUAGCUUUGUGUUUCAAUCGGGACCUCUUUUUACAUCAUCGCGCGGAAUUAAGGAUUAUGAUUAGGCCAUUAAAUAUUUGGGAGAGAGUCAACAGAAAAUGCCCACGCUUACAAAAAGUAAUAAUAGACAAGUAGAGAAAGGACUACGAAGCAUCCAGACCUCGACACCCUAUGGUCAGCCUUGGUGGCAGGGUCUUGGGAGCAAUGACAUGCCUUCUUCAGGGCAGCAAGAAGAUAGUUCCAUAAAUCCUGCAGCUGUGCAACCACAAGGCUCUGUUGAAGGGAUCCCAAGGGAUACAGAAACUACAGCUCUUCACUCUGGGUUGAAUAGAAACAAUGGCGAGCAAGAGCAACAGCAUCUUGAUGCAAAUGGACAAAUGGAGCUUGUUGGUCAUUCUAUUAUGCUGACGUCAUAUCCAUAUGCAGACCCACAAUAUGGGGGGAUUUUAACAUAUGGGGCGCCGGUGCAUCCUCACUUGCUUGGAUAUCAUCCAGGAAGAAUGCCUCUGCCUCUUGAAAUGGAAGAAGAACCUGUUUAUGUGAAUGCAAAGCAGUACCAUGGAAUUCUGAGGCGGAGACAAAUACGAGCAAAAGCUGAAUUGGAAAAGAAAUUGGUGAAAAACAGAAAACCUUAUCUCCAUGAAUCUCGGCAUAAACAUGCUAUGAAAAGGUUAAGAGGCUCCGGAGGCCGUUUCCUAAAUACCAAAAAGCUCGACGGCAAAGAAAACUCUACUUCUGCGGAGCAAUCAAAAUCAGGGGAAACCACUUCAUCACAGUCACGCUCUCCUGCUUCUACUCAUUUGUCCACAAACAGUAAUGGCGUAUCUCACCAAAACAACGAACGAGCAUCUAUGGUUCAAGAAAUGCACAAAGAACAUAUUCUCUCCAACGGGUUCAACAACUCUCACGGUCUGGGAUCAUAUUACGAAAGUGGACAUUUUAGCGAGAAUAACUGGAACUCGCUGGUGAGCCGGGGCCCACGAGGUUCUUCCUCCAGCAAAUGAGAAGCUAGUCCCUUUGCGGCAGAUGAUGGGCCUCGCUCGUCUAACCGGGAAUCGGGAGGCUUCCUCUGACAUGGCUUGUAUGUCAGGCAAUUCAUUCUUGGCUUGGUUACUUGUAUGUAUGGUGCAGAAAUGAGACGAUGUAGGUAGGGUCCUUGGCUUACCAUUGUCCAUUUCUUGUCUUUAUGUAAAUUAAGCAGACUAUUCUCGAACUGGAGUGUGAGUAGAGUGAGGCGUGAAUACUUUCUUGUUUAGUUUCUCUUUUGUUGUAUUUGUGGAUCAUUCUCUCUUCAUCGAUCAACUCCUUCAUGUCUUA